UCACAGUGAAUAAUAAACAACCUUAUCCCUGUAAUAUCUGUUUAACAGUUUUCUAAACCCAGAGAGAGAUCUACACAGCUCGUGACAAAGCAAAGAAUCCACACAAAAACUCCACAAACUCCCAAAACGAUUCGUGUCCUCUUCCUCCCACCGAAUGCGGACCCCCUCCAACCCACCCAACAUAAAAUCCAACCCCCCCAAAAAAUUCUCACCUCACGUGAAUUCAUUUCAAUCCCCAUGUUCACUUGCAACUCUCCUCACAAACUUAAUUAAAAACCAUACAACUUAUUAUUACACAAACUCACCAUUUUGAUCUUCUCUUUUCCCUUUCAUUAAUUCCCUUCUUCUAUCAUGGGUUGCAGCAAUAGCAGCAGCAGCAGCAGUAGUAGGAAUGUUGUUUCAAUUUUUGUUUUACUAGCAUUUCUUAUGCUCCGAUACUUCUCGGGGUCGGCAGCGGCGGUGGCGGUAGGCCUGCGGAGGCGGCCUCGACCGUCGCGGGGUGUCCCGACCGACCAACCGUCGGCCUGCGACGUGUUCUCGGGAAGUUGGGUCCGCGACGACUCGUACCCGCUUUACCAGUCGCUGAGCUGCCCCGUCGUCGACGCCGAGUUCAAUUGCCAGCUCUACGGCCGGCCCGACACCGACUACCUCCGGUACCGCUGGAGGCCCGCCAACUGCGAGCUCCCCAGGUUCGAUGGGGUGGAUUUGUUGACAAGGAUGAGGGGGAAGACGAUAAUGUUCGUCGGCGACUCGCUCGGACGGAAUCAAUGGGAGUCGCUGGUCUGCAUGAUCCACUCCGCCGUCCCACAAUCGCCUACGCAAAUGAUCGGCGGAGAUCCUCUCUCCACUUUCAAGUUCUUGGAGUACGGAGUGUCGGUCUCAUUCUAUCGAGCACCGUAUCUUGUCAACAUAGAUGUGGUUCAAGGGAAGAGGAUACUUCAGCUCGAUGACAUAUCUCUAAAUGGCGGCGCGUGGAGAGAGACAGAUGUGCUGAUUUUUAACUCAGGCCACUGGUGGACCCACAAAGGAGCUCUUCAAGGGUGGGAUUAUAUGGGGGAUGGGGGUGCAUACUACAUGGACAUGGACAGGUUAAUAGCUUUCCAGAAAGGGAUGAGCACAUGGGCUAACUGGGUGGACCUCAACAUUGAUAGGACCAGGACCAGAGUCUUUUUUCAAUCCACCUCUCCCACUCAUUACAACCCGGCAGAGUGGGACAAUCCGGUAUCGAAGAACUGCUACGGCGAGACGGCGCCCAUGGCCAGGCUGAACAAUACGGCUGCGUCAGACACUGACCAGAACCGAAUUCUGCGGGCCGUGAUCGGUUCGAUGAGCACUCCGGCCCACUUUCUCGACAUCACCGCACUCUCUGAGCUGCGCAAGGACGGCCACCCGUCCAUCUACAGCGGUGAUCUCACCCCCGAGCAGCGCGUGAACCCCGACCGCUCCGCCGACUGCAGCCACUGGUGCCUCCCCGGCCUCCCGGAUACCUGGAACCAGCUUUUCUACACUGCACUCUUCUACAUCUAAACAAAAAUAACUUCUAUUUUUAAUCCAAGUAGAAACAAUUCAUUUUACAAUGCACAAUUGGUUUUAUGAGCAAUUUGAUCA